AUGAACAACUUCGGACUUAACGCUACCGAGCAACGCCAGCUCGAGGAGCGCCUUUCCAAGCGCCAGAUGCAGGACUUCAUGGGCAUGUUCCACAACAUGUUCGAGACCUGCUUCACCUCCUGCGUCGACGAGUUCACCUCCAAGGCUCUCUCGUCGCGCGAGAACGGCUGCAUCUCCCGCUGCGUGCAAAAGACCCUCGCCAUGCAGCAGCGUCUCGGCGAGCGCUUCCAGGAACACAGCCAAACGACCAUGAUGAACCAACAACAGUAG